GACCCCUCACCAGCUUAGAGCUAUGUGCAUGGGUCAAUGUGAACGUGUGAGGCCAGCCAGCCUCCAUGGCAGCUCAAGGACAAAUCCUGGGAAUUGUCCAGGCCUACCCAAAAACUUUAACUGUAACCCGCAACCAGUAAAUUCAAAGGUUCCAUACCCUCACCCAAUCAUGAUGCAAAAGCUUGUACCACUCUGCUUGUGGUUUUUCCCUUUAAAAACCCCUCACCCUGAGAGCUGAGGGCCGUCCUCCUCCACCUGCUGUGUUGAGUAUUGGACAUGGACCAAACCCGGGCUUGCUUGUUAUCAAUAAACCCCUUUGUGCUUUGCAUCGAAUAUCGGCUCUGUGGUGGUCUUGCUUGGGGUUCUCACGACAUGGCCACAACAAUGGCAGCCUUCCUCAAGGGUAAGGAGCAUCCCAGGGCUUGCUUCUGCUCUAUGCUAUUCCUCUGGGGAUCCCAAAGUGAAUGGACAGGGCUCUCUCCUCUGUCCUAUUCCAGCUCUUGGCCUCUGGUUUAUGAUUAUCCAGGAGCCAGCCAGCUGGGCACCAGUCCAGCUCUGUUUUUAGAUAUGAGACAGGCCCUGGCAGGUUCCGGAUGCCAGCCUAGAAGCUCAGCUGUGGUAGCAUGUAAGAGGGGCAGAUAGACAAGGGGACUAUUUGCGGAAACUUGAUAUUGGGAACACGGGAUUCUGACAUUUACAAAUCCUGACGAGGAAACACAGCUGGGGGAUUGGAAAGCCUGUACCUGGGGCUAUAAGGAAGCAACUCAAGCAGAUUGGAAUGUCUCUCCUGGAUGCUGAGAUUUGAGACCCAGAAGUCUUCCCCAUGGCUUCUUACCACAUCCGCACGUACCAGGAGAGGGACCGAAAAAGGGUCCUGGAAUUGUUCUCCAGGGGCAUGGAGGAGCAUGCCCCUGCCACCUUCCGCCACCUGCUAAAACUGCCCCGAACCCUCCUGCUCUUAAUUGGGGUGCCUCUUGCCACAUUCCUGGUGUCUGGCUCCUGGCUCCUGGCUGUUGUAUGCAUUGUCUUUCUGCUUCUAUUCUUGCGGUUCCUUGCAGGCCAACCCUGGAAGAAUUAUGUGUCCAUGUGUUUGCACACAGACAUGGUUGAUAUCACCAAGUCCUACUUGAAUGUUUCUGGGGCGGGUUUCUGGGUAGCUGAGUCUGGGGGACAGGUAGUGGGGUCAGUGGCUGCUCAGCCGGUCAAGGAUCCCCCGUCAGGGAGGAAGCAGCUGCAGCUCUUUCGCCUGUCUGUGUCCUCACAGCAUCGAGGACAGGGGAUAGCGAGAGCCCUGGUCAGAACUGUCCUCCAGUUUGCACGGGACCAGGGCUACAAUGACGUUGUCCUUGCGACUGGCCUUUUGCAGCAAGGUGCUGUGAGCCUCUACUACAGCAUGGGCUUCCAGAAGACAGGUGAAUCCUUCAUGGACCUCCUCACAUGGCUUGUGGAUGUCUCUCUAAUUCACUUCACAUACCCACUCCCUUCUGCUCAGGAACAUGAGCUGUGAUCUUCCUCUGUGUGUCUGUCAGCCUCCAGCUCACUGUGAUGUGGAAAAAGUAACCCUGAUGAUAUUGUAGCAGACAAAUCAUAAAAUUGCCUUUGUCAUUUUCGUUGUAUUCCUUUCUGCCUGAUGGGAGGUGAAGAACUAGGGCAAUGACGUCCUCUGUUUCUUUUGAAGUCAUUUCCUAAAGUAGGGGAGCAGGGGCCAGUGUCGCAGUGGAGUAGUCUACACAGCCUGAUUGGCAUGUGUGGUCCCCACUGGCCCAGGCUCGCCUCAGUCUAUGGACCGGCGUGAGUCUCCGCAGGUCGUGUGUGGAGUGUGUUUGUGGAUUCUGAAAGAAGAAGUGGGGCUGGAGAGUAAUUUCACUCCCACCACUUCUUGCCACUGAGGCUGGGCCCAUCGUGCAUCCAAGGACUGGGGCCCCAAGAAACGUAGGUGCUGACAGAAUGAUAAACGGCGUUGCAGAUGGCGCGCGUGCAGUCCUGGCUGUGCAGGCCUUCAAUCUAACCAGGAAGCUGUUACGUGUAACAAGCAUGCCGCUCUCCGGAACAGUUCUCCCUUAAGGCACUGUUAAUGCCUACUACUUCAACUUCGCUCCACUCUGUUUCCCAUGUCCUACAAUAAAAAUAUUCAGUAUCUGCAGUAGAAUGUUA